GGGAGCCUGUGACAUCACUGCUUAUGUUGCCAAUGCUCUCCUCCCUCCGACUACUUUAGCUCCAGCAGAAGAAUUCUCACCCAGACAGCACUGGACGAUGAGAAGAAGCUGAGAGAUUCUGGGCAUCACACUCUGGUGCUCCAGCCACCUUCUGCAGGUGAGGACAAGGUUGGUCAUAAGGACAAAGGGAAACAAGAGCUUCCAUAUCCUGUUCACCACACAGACGAAGUCUCUCCUUUACGUUGAUUCUUCCUGGCCAUGGAUAGAUCCACGCAAGAGCUUUUCCUCAACUUUAUGAUAGUUCUGAUAACAGUACUGCUCAUGUGGCUUCUGGUGAAGUCUUAUCAAGAAUGAAAGACUCAUAUCCCUGGAAUCAUGGAAGGAUCUGCUUCUGGUGAAGGAUGAGAACGCUACUCUUCAGAAGUGCUUUUUGGUGUGCUCCAAUUUUAAUGUAGGAAAAAAUGUAAUGCAUUUUUUAAAAAAUCAAAAUACCUCAUUUAUAUGUAUCUAACAAUUCAACUGGAUCUAAGAAGGUGUACAUUAAUUUCUUUUCAAAGCAUGGCAUAAACGCUCUUUUACCUGAAUUUCUUUUUUGUAAAUGAUGGGUGUCAUUUAGAAUCACGAUAGUAGCUACAAACAUGACAACUAAUUAAUGCAUUAGCUUAUCGUGACUUCAACACUUAUGAAGUCUUCAUUGUUUCAGUUUUAUGUAAUCAAUUAAUGGACAUAUGCUGCUCUACCAUUGUUAUCAUUUGGAUAAAUAAUAACAUUUGAUGCACUUCCUGUUCUUUUUAAUUGUCUUCUUGAUGUUGCCUUUGUAAGCAAGCCUUUUCUUACAGGAUAACAGAAUGUUAUUGUAUUGCAAGAACACUAAAUUCAGAUCUUUAAAUAUUGUUGUAUGUAUUCUAAUUCAGCAGUAUAUAAAAGCCGAAAUUUGAUAAAACACCAAUAUUACCGAUACACCUAGAUCAGGAAUGGAUCAAGAUACAGAGUUUUAAUAGGACAAUAGGUUGAAACAUGAAACUUAAGUGUCUGGAAGUACUAUAAAUCUGAAGCCUUCAAUGAGCAAUGUCACUUUUCCCCCAAAACAUAAAUUCAUAAACAUAAAAACCUUGCAGUUGUAGAGUCCCAGAAUAGGAUCUGGAGAAAGGAUCUUACAAAGGCAAAAGAAGGUCAUAUGGCUUAAUAUGUUGUGCUGAACCCAUUUAACAUACAAUCUAAUUUCUUAUUUAUGCACAGAAAUAUAUCAAAUAAAUAUACUGUAUGUAUCUUC